AUGCGUGUGUUCAAUCGUGCAUCGCGACCUUCAUGGAUGACUCUGCUAGCUGCAGCCCUGUUGGGCACUUCAACUGUCCAAGCUAUAGAGCUGGAUCUUGAUGAUGAAGAUUCCAUCCGAAAAGCAGCCAAAAAUGUCGCCACCAACAUGAUGAGCUACUACACUGGUAUGAAUCCUGGCGAUACCCCAGGUAAUCUGCCGGAUCCUUAUUACUGGUGGGAGGCCGGUGCAAUGUUCAACGCUCUUAUCGAUUACUGGUUCUACACGGGCGAUGAUACUUGGAACGAAAUCACGACACAAGCUAUGCUCUGGCAGGCUGGAGAGAAUAAAGCGUUUAUGCCGGCCAAUCAGAGCAAGACCGAAGGAAACGACGACCAAGUUUUCUGGGCCUUUGCUGCUAUGACUGCAGCGGAACGAAACUUCCCAAACCCACCAGCAGAUCAACCCCAAUGGCUUGAAAUGGCACAGGCUGUCUUCAACACUCAGGCUCCCCGAUGGGACACUUCUUCGUGUGGCGGUGGUUUACGCUGGCAGAUUUUCACGUGGAACAACGGCUACAAUUAUAAGAAUACCAUCUCCACUGGCGGAUUCUUCAAUCUUGCUGCUCGUCUGGCAAAAUACACCAACAAUCAAACGUACCAGGAUUGGGCUGAAAAGGCGUGGGACUGGACUGCCGAAGUUGGAUUCAUGUCCCCCGACUACCGCUUCUAUGACGGUGCUAGUGACCUCACUGAGUGCAAGCCAAUAAACCAUAUUGAAUGGACUUACAACGCUGGGAUAUACUUGCUUGGCGCAGCUAACAUGUAUAAUUUGACAGAAGAUCCGAAAUGGAAGGAGCGUACUGAGAAGAUCAUUGACGCUUCCGGCGUCUUCUUCUCUCACAACCCACCGGACGUGAUGUACGAGCGAGCUUGUGAAACCGUCAAUACUUGCAUGGUCGAUCAACGGUCUUUCAAGGGAUAUUUUUCUCGCUGGAUGGCUCAAACUACCCAAAUGGCCCCUUUUGCAUACGACAAAGUCAUAAAGCGGCUGAGGGCAUCUGCAAAGGCAGCUGCUAUGACUUGUACCGGUGGUAUCAAUGAGAAUGUGUGUGGUCUCAAGUGGACAGAGCAAAAAUGGGACAAAACAAUAGACUUCGGUCAGCAGAUGGCUGCCCUUGAAGUCAUUCAAGCGAAUCUGAUCACUCGUGUGGCAGCCCCGGUCACCAAUGAUGAUGGUGGAACGAGUAAAGGGGACCCGAAUGCAGGCUCUAAGCCCAAAAAAGCGAUUCCGCCCGAACUCGACUACGACAUAACUGCAGGUGACAAGGCUGGUGCAGGCAUUUUGACUGUCCUUUUUUUGAUUGGCAUUGGCGGUUCCACUGGAUGGCUAAUUUGGGAUUGA